AUGAGGAAGCGUCAUCCAAAGGCGGAGUCAGAUUCGCCAGAGCCAUCAUCUUCAAGUCAAGAAACUGAUGGUUCUUCUGGUAACGAUAAGGAAGUGAGAAUCGAUGUUAGAAGAUCGGGGAAAGUAAUGUUCUCAGUGUUGAUUCUGAUCACAUACUUCUCCUGGGCUGUUUACAACUACCAACACGGGAAUUUACCUCGUCCCUUAACCGCGCAACAAGCUGGCAAAAGGGGUUUCUCUGAGAUUCAGGCAAUGAAACACAUCAAGGCUUUGACUCAGUUUGGUCCGCAUCCCGUUUCUUCUGAUGCUCUUGUCCAUGCCCUUGAGUAUGUAUUGGCAGAAGUUGAGAAAGUGAAAGAAACAGCUCAUUGGGAGGUUGAUGUGAAUGUUGACUUCUUUGAAUCCAAAUUCGGUGUGAAUCGUCUGGUCGGUGGUCUUUUCAAGGGGAAGUCACUAGUGUAUUCGGAUAUAAGUCACAUUGUACUAAGAAUCUUGCCAAAGUAUGAAUCAGACGCAGGAGACAAUGCUAUUCUGGUCUCUUCACAUAUUGAUACUGUGUUUUCAUCAGGUGGGGCUGGAGAUUGUAGCUCAUGUGUAGCUGUGAUGCUGGAACUAGCUCGUUCUGUUUCGCAAUCGGCUCAUGGAUUCAAGAAUUCUGUUAUCUUCUUGUUCAAUACUGGUGAGGAAGAAGGUCUUAAUGGCGCUCAUAGCUUUAUAACUCAGCAUCCAUGGAGUUCCACAGUACGUUUAGCUAUUGAUUUAGAGGCCAUGGGUACUGGUGGAAAGUCCAGUGUUUUUCAGGCUGGUCCGAGUCCGUGGGCUAUUGAAAAUUUUGCUCUGGCUGCGAAAUAUCCAUCUGGUCAGAUCAUUGGACAGGAUCUGUUCACUUCUGGAGUCAUAAAAUCUGCGACUGAUUUCCAAGUAUACAAGGAGGUCGCUGGUCUCUCAGGAUUAGACUUUGCCUUUACAGAUAAUACUGCUGUCUAUCACACUAAGAAUGAUAAGGUAGAGCUAAUAAAACCAGGAUCGCUCCAGCAUCUUGGGGAAAACAUGCUCGCUUUCCUCAUUCGAGUUGCUUCAUCUUCUGAUCUGCCAAAGGAAAAAACACAACAGGGAGAGGAGGAAUCCAAACCGGACUCAGCUGUCUAUUUUGACAUUUUGGGGAAGUAUAUGAUUGUAUACAGGCAAAGUUUUGCGAAUAUGCUAUAUGUUUCAGUGAUCAUGCAAUCGAUUCUUAUAUGGGCUAUGUCUUUGAUCAUGGGUGGUUAUCCGGCUCUUGUGUCUCUGUUCCUGUCGUUUUUGAGUAUCAUCCUCUCAUGGAUAUUCUCAGUAGCUUUCUCUGUAGCUGUUGCCUUCAUACUUCCCUUGAUUUCUUCAUCACCUGUGCCGUAUGCUUCAACCCCAUUGAUGGCACUUGGACUGUUUGUGUCUCCUGCGGUGUUAGGGUCAAUUACUGGUCAGCAUGUAGCCUUCAUUUUCCUUAAGAAGAAAUCAUCGAACCGGAGUUCGAACAGAAUGCAAGUCUCACCCAGACUAAGGGUUGAUUUAGCCAAGCUUGAGGCUGAAAGAUGGCUGUUUAAAGCUGGUUUUAUACAGUGGCUUAUUCUUCUUGCCGUUGGAACCUAUUAUAAACUUGGAUCAACCUACCUCGCUCUGGUGUGGCUAGUUCCUCCUGCAUUUGCAUAUGGAUUGCUUGAGGCGACUUUGACUCCAAUCCGGUUGCCAAAGCCCCUCAAACUUGCAACUCUCGUUAUCAGCCUGGCUGUACCAAUUUUGGUUUCAUCUGGCGGUUUUAUCCGGUUAGCGGGCACAAUGAUCGGCAUGCUCGUUCGAUUUGACAGGAACCCAGGCGGAACUCCAGAAUGGCUAGGCAACGUGGUGAUCGCUGUUCUCAUUGCUACUUUCAUAAGCUUGACUAUGGUUUACCUGCUGGCCUAUAUUCAUCUCUCCGGUGCAAAGAAGUCGAUCAUCGUUGCAUUAUGCAUAACCAUUGCCGUCUCUCUUUCUCUUGCAUCUUCUGGUUUUCUUCCUGCAUUUACUGAAGAUACUGCAAGAACAUUAAAUGUGGUACAUGUUGUGGAUACAACCGGGAAAGACCAAGUCUCGUACAUAACGAUGUUCUCAAACACUCCUGGAAACCUGAACAUGGAAGCAGAGCAGAUCAAAGAAGGUUUCAGAUGUGGAAGAGAGAACAAGACUGAUUUUGGCAGCUUUGAAGCUAAGUACAGCUGUGUGACGGUGAAAGACGCCGAGGUCGGAUGGGACAAGCGAGAUAUUCCGGUUCUGAGAGUCAUAAACGAGGAAGAGAGAGACGAGGGAGGAAGAAGAGUCACAGCGGUUUCGUUGGACACAGGAGGCUCAUGGCGGUGGAUACUUGGGAUUGACAUGGAGGAAAUAGAAGACUUUACACUGCAAAUAGGUGAGGAGGAGGUGGAGGAUGAAGAGGUGGUGAUGAUAGCAAGAGGAGAGAAAAGCAGCAGCGAAGGAUGGCAUCAGAUUCAGUUCGCAGGUGGGAAAAAGGCGCCAACAAGGUUUGUUCUCAAACUUUACGAAAAGAAGAAGAAAGAUGAAGAAGAAGAAGUAUCUGAUGAGAAGAAGGAGCAGAGACCUGUCUUGAAACUUAGAACUGACAUCAACCGAAUCACUCCACAAGUGAAAAGGGUUGUUGAAAGAUUUCCUCCGUUUUGCGCUAUGUUUGGGAAGUCCACUUCUCCGUUUACUCUCGCCUUUCUUGCUUCUCUUCCUUCCACCAAAUAA